AUGAAAGUAGAAAAGGAGAGUGAAGAAUACCAAUCCAUUAAGAAUGGUUUCUUGAAGGGUAUGGAAUUUAUGGGACAUGCCACAACUGUCAUGGCCCUUUACAAGAACGAUGUUUCCUUUAGUUUGCCAAGACAAGCUCGCUGGGAUUCGUUCAAGAUUUUCUCUCAGGCUGUGGCAAUAAAAUGUGGCGGGAAUGCUAAUCUAAGGUAUGCUUGGUAUGGUUCUUCAUUGGAUGAUCUCCUAGAGAUUGUAUCUGAGGGAUUCAAUGGAUGCAAAAGCCAUGAUGAUAAUAAUGGUGAGUGUCAUGGUGUUGGGAUUCCCUUAUUUUCUGCCAAUUUCUCCAUUGAUAGUGCUUUGUGUACAGUGGCAGAUGAACAUGGUUGGAGACAUGUGCUACUAAGCAGGGUGAUAUUAGGGAAGGUGGAAGCUGUCCCUUGUGGUUCAAAGCAGAGGCAACCCAGUUCUAAGCAUUAUGACUCUGGAGUGGAUGAUAUAUUAGCACCUACAAAACAUAUUAUAUGGACUGCUUCUAUGAAUUCACACAUUCAGCCAGAAUAUAUUCUAAGUUUCAAGUAUAAUUACAUGAAGGAGUAA